UGUUUGCUAAAACAAAGUCUACCAUGCGAGGCAUGCUUGAGCGAGAAACUUGGAUGGACCUAGCCACAAAAACAGCUGCUUUGCAAAAGCUAGACGCCCUGCAGGCCUUGGUAGGAUACCCAGAUGAGAUAAAGAAUGAUACCUACCUCAACAAACGUUACAUACGAAGUUCUAUUACACCAAAUUUGUUCUUCCAAAACACAAUUAAAUGCUAUGAAAGAUGAGGCAGUAUCUAACUUACGAGACCUGGCGGAACCAAGUAAUGAAUUAGAAUGGGAAUCACCACCACCAACUGCGAAAGACAUCUUUUACGAUUUAAACCAUAACAUCAUAGUAUUGCCUGCCGGGGUAUUGCAAUCACCCUACUUCCAUAAGAACUACCCCAGAUAUUUAAAUUAUGGAGCAAUUGGGUUUAUCAUCGGUCAUAAGAUCACACAUGCGUUCGAUGACGUCGGGAGUAAAUACAGCAAGACUGGGACAUUCCAAGAUUGGUGGUCCAACUAUACCAGGACGGCGUAUGGACAAAAGGCAGACUGCUUCAUCAAACAGUAUGACGGUCUUACCGUUACAGAUGCAUUGACAGCAGCGACAGACCCGGCAGAGAGCAAGUUAAAUGGAAAGUUGACGUUACAAGAAAACAUUGCCGAUAACGGAGGAUUAAAUGAAAGUUUCGCGGCUUACACGCAAUGGUCAAAACAUCACGGAAUUGAACAGAAGCUGCCGGGAAUUAAUUUAGAACCCGAUCAGCUGUUCUUCGUCAAUUAUGGACGCACCUGGUGUGAGAAGACAACACCACAAGAGGCUAUACGGCGGAUCAAUAAUGACAUUUUCGCAGACGCAAAAAGCAGAGUAAACAUUGUCAUGCAAAACAAUCCAAGCUUUGCGAAAGCAUUUUCGUGUCCAUUGGGAUCACCCAUGAAUCCAGUGAAGAAAUGUGCAGUCUGGUGACGUCAUCAAUAAUGAUAUAUAGAACAUUGAACAAGGGCAGGACAUUAUAUAUAUAUUUAUUGCUAUUCAAGGUUGUUUUUACUGAAAAUGUCUUUUACCGGGAGUUUCACUAGCAAGAAUUUGUGAAAAAAGACCUUAAAAUGGUAAUUUUAUCGUAAUUAACAGGAAAAUGCAUUUAAAUGCAUAUAUCAUCUUUCAUAUUCAUAAAUAAUCGAGAAAUUAAAUCGUUUAUAUGCGAGUUGCUUUAUGAAAAAUCACCAUAAAGCAUCGCGUCAUAAAUCAUCUAAAUCUGACAUCUUUUUGAUGAUUUUAUUUUAAUGCUGAUCACCUUUUCCAAUGAAAGUGAGUAAAAAUUCCCAGUAC